GUGAAUGGUUAUAUCUGGAGGGAGUACUAAGAUGGCCAUGAUGAAGUUCGAAAAGCAGCGGCUAUGUCGCACGGUCACAGUCAUGGUGGAGGCUGCGCUUGUGGAGCUGAACGGACGGAAACACCGGAGCGCGGGGUGGAGUACGGACUGUACAAAAAGAUUGAUUUACACAAGCUGCAGUGUCUGAACGAAAGCCUGGAGGGGAGUGGGAAGGGAGUGUUCAAGGCCUGGGAGGAACGUGGAGAUCGGAGCCGGUUUGUAGAAAGCGACGAGGAUGCAGAAUUGCUAUUCAACAUCCCGUUCACUGGCAAUGUGAAAUUAAAAGGGAUUAUUCUUAUUGGAGAGGAUAGUGAUGCCCACCCAUCAGAAAUCCGAUUAUUUAAGAACGUUCCUCACAUGAGCUUUGAUGAUGUUCGAAGGGAAGCAGAUCAAGUUUUUGGCUUGAAUAUCGAUACUACUGGAGAACUGGAAUAUCCUACAAAAAUUUCUCGCUUUUCAAGUGUAUCUCAUCUGUCUAUUCACGUCUCCAAAAAUUUUGGAGCUGAAAACACCAAAAUUUACUACAUUGGAUUACGAGGAGAGUGGACAGAGGCACAUCGCCAUGAAGUGACAAUCUGCAACUAUGAAUCUGCCGCAAAUCCAGCUGACCAUAAAAUGACACAGAUCACUCCUCAAUCUCACUUUAUCUCCUAGAGAGACUGCAGCAGACCACAACUGGCUUUCAGUAAAACGUGCUUGAAUAAACCUAUUCCAUCUUAUUGUUGCUUGACGUUGAUAUAAGUGCCAAUUUUAAGUUUUUCUUCAGAAACAUAACGCAUUUUUUUUAUGCUUGUGGUGUUUGCGCCUAAAUUUUCAUGCAUCCCAUUUUAGACACUGAUUAUUCAGUGCGACCAAAAUAUUUUGGCAUCCUCAACAUUUCCUGUCUUUAAACCAGAAUGUGCGCCUGGUUAGCUUUUGUCUAGUUUUCAGAAGAAUUUAAAAAGUUGUAAGCCACGAUUCUGCAAAAGUGACGUGGAUUAGACCCAUUUAGAGUUCGCCUAAAGCUAGUGGACAGAUAUUUUGGGGUAUGUGGACCAAUGUUUGGCGUAAGCUAACUAAUAGGUGGUAUAAACUAGACUGGACAGUCUACAGGUGCAUUAGCCACUAGGAUAAAUUUGGUACAUUUUUAGGUGGCCAUACACAUAAGUCUAAAGAUGAUUGUUCGUCUGGUAAAAUUUAACAACAAAUGUUCGUCUUGGCCAACUGAUGACAGACCUUUUGUCGUCUGAAAAAGAAGUCAGCCAUGUUUGACAUUUUCAUCCGAUAGUGGGAUGAAAGAUCUUUCUUUGAAAGAACAUUCCUAGAAAAAAAAA